AUGGCAAUAUCUAGUGUGAUUGUUUCACGUGCAGUGGAUCUUGUGGCUAGAAAAUUAGCUGGUAUGGAUUCAGAAAAAAUAGUUCGAUUUACAAACAUUUUAAGUGAAGAAGCUCAGCGAAUCUCCGAUGAGCUUCAAUAUAGUGGCCAACAAGUUAAUGCAAAUAUUCUAGCUGCAAGAUUAGAAGGCUUUUUGAAACGAUUGAAAUACGAAUUUCGUAAUCAGGGUCCUGAUCCAUCGCCAUACGAGUUUCCUAUUUUCAAUGUAUCUCAUAAUCCAAAUUUAGUUUAUCCUAAACCAAUCAAUCGUCUAUAUGGUAAAAAGGCUAAAAAAAAGAAUUCAACUUCCAUCGAACAAAGUCAAGCAAUGUAUUCGAGUUUAAAACAGCCAAUAAAUUCAAAUUUAUUAUCAUAUUAUACUUAUCCACAACAAUAUUUUUUAAAUCCAUCUGUUGUAUACUAUGAACCACCGAUAGCAACAAUUGACAAGCAAUCAACAGGCGAUGAUAUGCUUUCACAUGCAACAAUUGAUAGUGAAUUCACAAAUUCGAAUUAUCAAACUCGCGUAAAUUCACAAAAAUCAAAUUCAAUGAAUAUUGAAAAAGAAAAAGUAACGACAAAACAAAUAUACGCUGCACCAGAUACCGUUAUAGGUUCAGAAACAAUGGAAGUUUUAUUGCAACUCACAAAUAGGCAACAGUCUGUACCUUCACAAUCAACAUCAACCACUGAACGUGUUAUUAUUAUUGAUCGACCUGGUUCAAAGUCAUUACAUAAAAAACGAUCUAAACACCAAAAAGACGUAUCAAAUAUAUCAGCAUCGACGACUAGUAGUACUACUGUUUCAAUCACACCUUCCUCAAAUAAUACCAUUCAGCAGUCAACUCUUUUUAAUGUUCAGCAACCAUCCUAUCAGCAGCCUAUUACCUAUAUGUCUCUACCAACGAAUGCUUACCCAACAACACAAUCAUCCUAUAGUGUAAACACGAAUGGAUACUAUCCGAUCGUAUACUAUAGAUAA